AUGCAGGAGAAUCGUAUUUCUCUUUGGUAUUUUGGUGGAGUCUCCUCCAGAGUGGCCACAUCUUCAACACACCCACCUGAUUCAAUUAAGAUGACAUAUUCUCUGUCACAGUUUGCCAUUUAUGAAACUGUCAGGGACGAGAUGAACAUGAAGAACGAAGAUCUCAUGUCUUUCUACCACAAAGUCUUGCUGGGGGCCUUUGGAGGAUGUAGAAUAAUCUCAAUCAGUCAAGUUUCUGGUAGAGGUCAGGAGAAACUGUCCUGUUAUGACAAGCAGCUGGUUCUGGCUGCCGGUUACCUGACUGACAACAUCCUCACUCAUUUCCUGGCCAGUGUAAUUGCCUUAAGUGGGGGCUGUGCCACGAUCCUCUGCCAAACAGAUAAUGUUGUUAAAACAAGAUUAAUUAACUCGAAACUGGAAUAUGGGGAUGUGUUUCGCUGUCGAACAGAAACAGCAAGACUUGGCCCGAAGGCGUUUUUACAAGGCUUGUUUCCCGCAGCCAUCCGCCUCAUCACUCACACAGUCCUCACCGUCAUAUUCAUCAAACAACUAAGGCGGCAUUUCGGAAUGAUAGUUGUGACAGCUUUACUUUUUGCUCAUUGA